GUGUGGAUGCGUUUUUACAGCGCCAACAACAUGAUCAUCCCUGACUGCGACGAGGUGUUCAACUACUACGAGCCGCUCAACCUCCUCGUGCGCGGGUUCGGGAAGAUCACAUGGGAGUACCUGCCGCUCUAUGCCAUCAGGUCUUGGUCCUUUUUGGUGCCAUUCACCCUCCCGGUGGCGCUUUCCCGGGUGUUUAAGAUCAACGGUUUCUACGCCGUGAGAUACGCUCUAGCUGCCGCCAGUGUGCUCGCGGAGCUCUCGCUCUUCAAGACCUUAAACGAAAGGAUCAGCGUCAAAAUGAGCUACUGGUUCCUUCUCUUCCAGAUCAUUUCUCCUGGGAUGUCGCACGCCGCAAUCUCGCUUCUUCCGUCAUCGAUUGCGAUGGUUUUGGUUAUCUGCACGACCAACACGGUUGUCCAGUUUAUCCAGUUACCGCCGCUGGCCACUGGUCACACGCAGCGGACAAAGGUGAAUGUUGGGGUGCGUGCCAUUGUCGGCUUUGCUGCUGCUGGCUUGUACGGCUGGCCGUUUGCGCUUGCGCUUGCGGUCCCCUUCCUUGUAUACGUGCUUCUGAUCACAUGGUUCAGCUGGACGUUCAUGUGGCGCCUCGUUGCACGCAGUUCCAUCGCCGUUGCCGCGAUGUGUGCGGCCAUCAUAGGGACCGAUCAGUUCUUCUACAACUUUGACCUCCCAACCUGGAGAUCUAUCGAGUUCGUUCCACUCAACAUCGUCUUGUACAAUGUAGUCAAUUCUUCCGAAACGUCUGGGCCAAAUAUUUUCGGGGUGGAGCCGCUCUCCUACUACCUCCUCAACCUUCUUCUCAACUUCAACGGCAUGUUGCUCCUCGCGGUGUUGGGUGUCGUUAUGAACCUCACCUCUUUCGCAUUGUUCCGCUUCUCCAAGCGCCAGACCAACUUGUUGAACUUGACCACCUCCGUGCCGAUUCUCAUUUGGUGCGCGUGUUUCUUCGCCCAGCCCCACAAGGAGGAGCGCUUCUUGUACCCGAUCUACCCGUUACUCAACCUCUCCGCAGCCUUGGCGACAAAGUACUUGUUUAUCGGUGCUAACCGAUUCAUUCUUGACACGGUGGGGAUUAGAUCCCACGCAAUUGUGAAGCGGACCAUCAACUAUCUCUCUGUGGUUGUGGUUGUAGGGGUAUUGGGGACCGUUUCGCUUCUCCGCAUCCGCAACUUGGUGGAAAACUACGCCGCGCCGUUACGUGUGUACGCACACGUUCCGCCGUCCGAGAAUCCGGUAAAUAUCUGUGUGGGCAGAGAAUGGUACCAUUACCCAUCGUCCUUCUUUUUGCCUCAAAACGCCAGACUCCGCUUUGUGCAGUCGGGCUUUAACGGGCUCUUGCCAGGCGACUUCCAGGAGGUUGACCCAGCAUUGGCAUUUACGCCGUACGUCGCUGCCUUGGCAGGCUCUAUCUCCUCUGUCCCUCCCAAUAUGAACAACGAGAACAGGUUUGAUGCCUCCAAGGUGGUGGACUUCUCCCAGUGUGACUACUACGUCGACAUCUCGCAGCCGACGGGUCCUAAGGAGGCUCAGGUGGUGUAUGAAAAGCAGGGGUUACAGGUAGCUCUGGGCUGGGAGGUGGUCCACUGCGAGAAGUUCAUCGAUGCCGACGCCAGCUCCGGGUUGGGAAAGCUCUUGUACGUUCCGGUCCGGUGGCGACAGUUGUUUCCGUAUGAUGUGGUCUACUAUGACUACUGCUUGACGAAGAGAAGCGAAAAUGUG